AUGCUUUUUACAGUUGACCCGGCGCGGCCCGUGACGCGAAGGCCCAGACGGAAGUGCUGGCGGAGGAGCCCGAGCCUGAGCCCGAGCCGGGAGCAGGUCUCGGGGGGCUCCGGGCUGUGGGCGCUGCUGGGUCUCGCAGCGAUGGCAACCCAGUGGGGAGGCCUCCUUCGUCUUGGCUCCUUGCUCAGCCUGUCCUGUCUGGCGCUGUCGGUGCUGCUGCUGGUGCAGCUGUCAGACGCCACCAAGGAUUUCGAGGAUGUUCGAUGUAAAUGUAUUUGCCCUCCCUAUAAAGAUACUCCUGGACAUAUUUAUAAUAAAAAUAUAUCCCAAAAGGAUUGUGAUUGCCUUCAUGUUGUGGACCCCAUGCCUGUGCGGGGGCCUGACGUAGAAGCGUACUGUCUUCGCUGCGAAUGCAAAUAUGAGGAAAGAAGCUCUGUAACCAUCAAGGUUACCAUUAUAAUAUAUCUCUCCAUUUUGGGCCUUCUACUUCUGUACAUGGUGUACCUGACUCUGGUUGAGCCCAUACUGAAGAGACGCCUGUUUGGACACUCACAACUAAUACAGAGCGAUGACGAUGUUGGGGAUCACCAGCCUUUUGCAAAUGCCCAUGAUGUGCUGGCCCGCUCCCACAGUCGAGCCAAUGUGCUGAAUAAGGUAGAGUAUGCCCAACAGCGUUGGAAACUUCAAGUUCAAGAGCAGCGAAAAUCCGUCUUUGACCGUCAUGUUGUCCUCAGCUAAUUGGGAACCAAAUUCAAGGUAACUAGAAAGCAACGAGGCAGACAACUGGAAAAAAUUGACUGAGUUUUCCUGGGUUUUGUUUUAAUACUCUGUUGAUUUUGCCAACUCUUGCUGGAAAAAUUCAAAACCUGAAACAAAAACAUGCUUGGUAUUUCCUUUUCUUGUUAACAUACUAAUAGAGACCUUUUUAAAAGCACACACCUCAAAGUCAGACAUUAAACCUUUUCCUAUUUGUGACUUUUACAAAUAAAAACAAGUCUGCCUGCAAAUUAUCUUGAAGUCCUUUACCUGGAACAAGCACUCUCUUUUUCACCACACAGUUUUAACUUGUUUUCAAGAUAAUUUUCAGGUGUUUUUUCUUUGGCAGGGAAGGGGAGGGAUGCGUGGGAACUGCUUAACAUAACUUUUCUCAAGUCACUUUAUUAAACAAACUUUUGUAAAUAGAUUUACCUUCUGUUUUCAAGUUUCAUUUAUAUUUUGCAGUGUAGCCAUCCUCAUCAAAGCCCCAACUUAUUCCUUUUGAAUUUUGCACUGACUAUAUUAUCUAGGUAUCUGGUUGGCCUGUGGCUGUACUUCAUGGUAAACUAGAUUGGAAAUGCCUGAUGGCUCUUCAAAAAAUACAGAUUUUCCUCAAGUACUGUGAUGUCUGAUGCAAUGCAUCCUAGAAUAAACUGGCCAUUUGCUAGUUUACUGUAAUGACUAAACAUAGUCCUGGUGUAUGUAGUCUUUCUCAUCUUCUAAUAUCUUUAAGGACGAAUUCUAAGGACUUGGAUACCUGCAAUAAAGAAAUUUUCUUUUAAACCCAAGCCUCCCUGGAUUGAUGACAUACACAUAUUUGUCAGUAUUUUUGGUCAGAUUGAGAGGCAGCUGUUUGAGCUCUAGUAUGUGCAGCUUUGAACUAGUACUGGGGUUCUGGGUGCCUCCCUCUGAAAGGUGGAAUAGUUAUUGGAUAACUGGCUUUUUUCUUCCUCUGUCUUCUUUGGAAUGUAACAAUAAAAAUAAUUUUUGAAACACCUA